CAUAAACCUUGUUAUUAUCUUUUUAUUUUUUUCAACUUGCUUUUUUCCCUUUUUCGUGUAAAUAUUCUCGGUCUUCUCCACUCAUCAAAAAACCAGAGUCAUGGAUGCUUUAACCUUUCUGGCCACAAGUCCCUCCUACUCUUCAGCAUUUCCUCCGCUUCACUCAUUUCCGUGGACAAACUCCCCUCAAACCAAACGACACGGUCACCACCCGCACUCACCCGGUCCAUCGCUCCAACACUCCCUCGCUCCACCUAAAUACCCGUCCUAUCUCAAACAGACCCAUUACGGUGAACUGGCCCUAGAGCAAUACAACUAUAUUCAGAGCAAGCACUCGAAACAGUGGGCACACACCACGUCUUCCUGGAAAACCAACCCUCCACCCGCCCCCACAUCGCCACCAUCGCUACACGAGCAAUUCUUGGACUCUUUGGAUCUCCGGCUGCCAUCUGUAUGGAAUCCAAAGGAUAAGUCACGACACAUUGAAGUCGAACCUAAUGGACUCGACUUGAUCUACAACGGACCCGGCAAAAACGAAUCGCAUGCGGCUUCUGUUCGAGCAAAUUUUCCCAUGCGUCGGCAAUGCGGCAUUUAUUACUUUGAAUUCACAGUUAUUUCCAAAGGCGAAGACGGGUAUAUCGGUAUAGGAUUUUGCAGCUCACAGAACGAACUGGAUCGGUUACCAGGCUGGGAUCCGGAUUCAUGGGGUUAUCAUGGCGAUGAUGGUCAUUCGUUUGCUGGAUCGGGCAUCGGAAAGACAUUUGGUCCUUGCUUCACUACGGGAGACGUGAUCGGGUGUGGCGUAAACUUUGCGAAAAAGACGGCGUUUUACACCAAAAACGGAGCAUUUCUUGGUGUAGCCUUUGAGAAUCUGGAUACGUCCAUCGACUUGUACCCAUGUGUUGGGCUGCGGACACCAGGAGAACAUGUGUUGGUUAAUUUCGGCGAUGAACCGUUUGCCUUUGACAUUAUCCAAUAUGUGACGAAUCAAACUCAGGAUAUAUGGAACGACAUUCUGCAUACGCCAAUACCUGAACCUCCAUCAGAAACAAAUACGGCGCGCAGCAGCGACACCAUGCUUGAUCAAUUGGUCUUGACCUAUCUGAUCCACCAUGGAUACACAGAUACAGCCAAAAGUCUGGUGGCGAAUGCUCAGUAUGCGGCAACAAAGCAUUUGCCAUUAUCCUAUACAGGUGACGCUGAAACAGAUGAUGUGCGUGAGCGAGAAAAAGAGGAGAGCGAUAUGCAAAAGCGGCAGGCCAUCCGAGCUGCUGUUAUUACCGGCGACGUGGAUCUUGCGAUGGAGUUGACGGAACGUUAUUUUCCCGGCGUACUAGAUGGAGACACGGUCGAUCAAGAUAUUUCGCUGGAUCUCAAAUGUCACAAAUUCAUUGAAAUGAUUCGUGAAUGCAAUGAACAGGAGGUCCAAAGAGGACGUUUGCGGUCGGAUGAUAAUGACAGUUUGCUCUCGUGUGACGAUCAUAUGAGUCUGUGUAGUAAUCGUAGUCGUAGUAACAGCAGUGUCAUCAGUGAUUCCUUGGACCAUGCCGAAGACCGACAAUCACGUCACGCCGCCAUUCCCAUUACCAUUUCACCUUCGGCUUCCUCCACCCCGAUUCCCGCUCCCGGAAGGCGUCGAAGUUAUGCUUCCAUUGCUGCUUCUAUUUCACCGAGCAGCCAUCCGAAUCAGCAAAGCAUGUCUGCUUCGCUCUCUUCUUACUUUGAUUCCGAACCCAUGAUGAUCGAUGAAGACCGUGGUCGACGAUUAAGUCACGAAGACAUUCAUCGAAGACCCAAUGUUUGGACAAAACGACGCAGUAACAGCAAUAGCAGUAUUGGCAGCCUUCACAACUUGCGAUCGCAUUCCAACGGCAUGCUCAGUUACGACCAGAUAUUGGAAGAAGAUGAGAAUUUGACCUCGGCCUCUUCCACCACGUCCUCCAUGAUGAAAAAAGCCAUGAAAUUCGGUCACCAAUUACAAGAUGAAUUUCGUCAUGAUCCACGCCCUCAUAUAAGAACAAAACUGAUGGAUGUCUUUUCUCUUUUGGCUUAUCCUGACCCGAUGUCCAGUCCUGUGGCCCAUCUCUUGGAUAUUUCGGGACGCGAUGCUCUCGCCACUAAAUUGAAUGCCGCUAUUUUAGGUAAGCUUUUUCGGACAUGCGUUUCGAUCCGAGCAUGCCGUUAACUAUUAUGCGUAGCGUACAAUAACCGUCCUGCCUCCCCUCCUUUGGAGCGUAUUUAUCGGCAAGCAGAGGUGAUCAACAAAGAACUGGCAUUCAGUGGAGACGGGAAAUCCGCAUUGGUAAAUAUGAAAGAUCGAUGCACUGCCCGUCCGUCAUUGGCUGUUCAUAUCGCUUCUAAAGAAAGCUAAAAUUCAUUGCAUUACUCAUUUGCAUGUUUCCUUCAUUCUUUAUUCAACAUUCGUUCCACGACUUUUGUUCAUGCAUACCUAUUAUUUCCGAAAAACACCUAUCAUAUUAUCCAUGAUCCAAAUAAAAUACAUCAUAUUACCUUU